UCCUUCGUGGCAACUGAUUCCCAGAUUAUUGAUAUUAUUGAUUGUUGGAUACAUCGAUUGAUCGCCUGCUGCUCCCUUCAUUCAGGUUUGACCCUUGUUAUCACACUGUGUUUUGUGUUCAGUAUGUCUUGUGUUCAUUACAGGUUUCAGAGUCGACUCACCUACGACUCGCUCCAGUUUGAGGGCCUCAACAUCACUGUGGGAGAGCUGAAGCGGCGGAUCAUGAGGCGCGAGAGGCUGAAGUUCUGCCAGCUGAAGAUCAGCAAAGCCCAAACUGAUGAAGAAUACACAGAUGAUGAUGCUCUCAUCCCUAAAAACACAUCGGUCAUCAUCAGACGGGUCCCUGCGGCUGGACUGAAGUCCUCCAACAGAAGAUUUGUUGGACAUCAAGCUGGACCAUCAGCUAAAUCUUCUCAAACAGGUGAUUCUUCACUCCUCUCACUGGAGCAGCUGUUGAAGACUGAGAAUCUGGCUGAGGCAAAGGCAUCAGAGGAGGACAAGCUAAAAGCGGUGAUGUACCAGUCCAGUCUGUGCUACUACUCCAGCAGGUGAGCGUUCAGACACUGACAGGUUUGGUUUGUGAGAAAUGUUAGAGCUGAUUCUCAUGGUUCUGAUGUUCAUCAGUGAGGCCAUGACACUGCUUGGGCUUCUUCCACCCAACUAUGUCUGCUUUCACUGUGGGAUCCCAGGACACCACAUUAGGCACUGCCCCUCUAAAGGGGUAACUGGGUUUUCUAAGCUUAUGGUUGCUGUGAACUUGAGCUCUUGUCUCCAUCAGUCAGAUUGUUUGCUCUGUAGUUUGACUGUCACUCAUGAAUUCACAGGGCAGCAGCUCUGCUCCGCUUAAGCGCAUCCGGAGGAGCACAGGGAUUCCCCGCAGCUUCCUGUUGGAGGUGGACGACCCAAACCGAAAGGGAGUCAUGAUGGACGGCAGCCGCAAAUACGUCAUUCCCAUCAUAGACGCGUGAGUAAACUGUACUUGGCAUUGCAGCAUGUUCUAUUGUUUGUGAAAAUCUCACAUUAUGUCUGCUUGUGUGUGUUUGCGCUCGAUCUGUUCAGUGAGGCCUAUGCUGCUGAGAAGAAAAAGAGGCCGUCCUUCUCCUGCCAGACCAAGCCACUAUCCUCCUCUUCCUCAGCUGGUGCAGCAUCUUCAGUCCAGGACGCCAGAGGGAAACGUUCCCGCUCCCCAUCUCCACCAGAGACGCACGGCGACCAGAAGAGACCACGUCACUGAGAGACCUUCACCCAAGAGACCUGGAGUCGACGUGAGCACAGUGUAUAUAUUGUACAUAGUUUAUGAAUAAAACUGAAUAAAGAUUAUAGCAGCAUAAACUGUGGACUGGUUGACCUUCACACAAUACAGAAACACAAAAGAAAAUGAUCAACACAUUAAGAUAGAAAUGAUGAACAAACAUGCUGCGGGAGAACCAGUGUGCUGUCCUGCUCACAAUCUAAAACUUUUAGUUUAAGUUUAUUGAAUGUUAAUCUGAAAAAAAUAAAACGCUGAACAGCUUUUAUAGAAUUCAAUAGUUUUCCUCAU